CCUAUCCAUUCUUAAGGAAAUCAGCCCUGAGUGCUCCCUGGAAGGACAGAUCGUGAAGCUGAGGCUCCAAUACUUUGGCCACCUCAUGAGAAGAGAAGAAUCCUUGGAAAAGACCCUGAUGUUGGGAAAGAUUGAGGGCACUAGGAGAAGGGGACGACAGAGGACAAGAUGGUUGGACAGUGUUCUCGAAGCUACGAACAUGAGUUUGACCAAACUGCGGGAGGCAGUGCAAGACAGGAGUGCCUGGCGUGCUAUGGUCCAUGGGGUCACGAAGAGUCGGACACGACUAAACGACUAAACAACAACAACAAAUCCUAGAUAAAUAGGAUCUAUCUGAAUAGGUAAUGGGAUUAAAAACACAAUGCUAAACUCUUUUACUUGGAAAUAAGUACGAAUGAGUUCAGAGAGGCUUACUCCCCUGCAAGUGUUCAUUGGAUUGCUGUUAAACUACAAAACUGCACAUCUUUCUUUCAUGAAACAAAACAAAAUAAUAAUAAUGCUGAGUAUACUAUGACAAUUGGUGCUCCCAUCAGAGAAAGCACAGAUUUUGUUGUAGAAGAAAUCAACAUUCUCUUAUAAAUUGCACUUAAUAUUCUGUUUGGGCACCUAUUUGACUAAAAGAAUAAAAUGAAACAAAACAAAACCUAAAACCAUUUAGUGUAGGCCUGGAAAUGCAGGCAUAAAAGGAAAUCCUCACCAGGUGAUUAAUUUAUUAUUGUAAGUGGUUGUACUGUUAUUUGUAAAUUAAGGGACAGCAACAAGGAGGAAGCGAGAUAAAGCACAGUGUCUUGGUUCAUGAGCAGUAACAAGUAGGAACGCAUUAAAUAAUGCGGUAAUUAUUUUUGAAAAAAUAGACAUUAUUUUACUAUCUCAAAAGUUACUGGAAAUGUACACACAUGAAUAAGACCAAACAAUACAAAGACCAAACAAUACAUGUAAAAACAUUCUUUGGAAACUUUGAUUACAUUAUCAGAAAUUGUACCAUACUCUUUUUCAGGACGGCAUUGGAAUGAGGCCCAAAGAGCAAAUGGUUUAUGUGAAUUCAUAAUGUGGCCUUGAGAACACUUGGUGCUCAGUUUUCAGGAACUGAAACAUCUGAAUGACCUAACAAUCACUACACCACUUCACUGGAGUAAGAAUGUCUUCCUGAGCUUCGUCCAGUUAUAUCCCGAAACCUGAAACCCCCUUUCUAGAAGUUAACAGAAGUGAUAAUAUUUUAUGUCUCAGUGUUUAUUCUUGAGAUGGGACAUCAUGUCAGCUUUGACUUUAAAGUAAAAUCUCUCACCAAGCAGCAUACCAAUUUAACCUCAAGUAAAUUUGAUUUAACAACAUGCUACAAAGAGGUCAAUGGUGAAUGAACAUCCAGAUGAAAUAUGAGUAACAACAGAAGCAAUGGGGGGAAAGCUUUGCUACAGAGUCUUUUCAUGGCUCUCUUGGUAUAUUACUCUGAAUAAUUUCAUCAGAUUUCCUUCCUACUCUGUUUCAGGCAGUGGUAGAAUACACCUAGUGAUUAGAACACUUGAAUUUUAUCUAAUAUUCUGAGAUUCUGAGCAGCAUCAAAUCACAAAAUACUACAUAAACCUCAGCAAGGGCAUUGCCAACCGCUGAGCUGAGGGGGCACAAUAUAAUGAUGAAUUAAAAAAGAAUAAUGAAUUAAAAAGGAAUUGUUGUGAAAAUAAGACUGGGGGGGGCACAAAAUUUUGUCCUCACUCAGGGAGCUGUAUCACCAAAGUUUGUCCCAGCAGGUAACCUUGUGUGCAGCUUUGUGGGGAGCCAAUGAACUGUGAUAUGGAGCAUCUGCCUAGAACAGGGGUUGUCAACUUGCUGCCCAUAGUCACCAGUACUCCCUCUGGCAUCCGUGGAAAGUUUCAGCAAAUAUCCACUCAGAAAUCCACCAUAUAUGAGAUUUGGGAGACCAUCUGCACCAUUUUCAUCUCUUUUUAUGCUGUUUUCAAUGUGGAAGUCACACACAACACAGCAGCCAUUUUGUGCCAGGUGCCAAUAGCAGUAUCUCAAAAUUCCAAGUGUGCCCACUGCCAGGGAGCUGAAAAACAUGCUACUAUUUUCCAGUCUCAGCUCCAUAGGUAGGACCAUAACCACUCUAACAAAGUGUCCCCACACAGCUGGUCCAGGAGUAUCUCAUAGUCAGUGGUAACAAAAGGUGCAGGGAAGGAGAAGAUGGAAUAAGGUUGCAUGCUGCUGAUCCCAUUCUAAAUAAAAGGGAAUCCAUCAGGAUAAGCAAAGCUUUCAGUUCCCUGACCAAGCCUGAAACCAAACUGGAAUGAGUCUAGAUCAGGCAUCCCCAAACUGCGGCCCUCCAGAUGUUUUGGCCUACAACACCCAUGAUCCCUAGCUAACAGGACCAGUGGUUGGGGAAGAUGGGAAUUGUAGUCCAAAACAUCUGGAGGGCCAAAGUUUGGGUGUGCCUGGUCUAGAUAAUCCAUAUUAUCUACAGAAGUCUGCAGUUGCCCCACCUUGACAAUCUCCACCAACUUCAAUAAAAGGGGUGGGGUCUCACAGGCAAAGCACCAUGUGCAGACCCUCUAAGCCCACCCCAGUAUCAAGUCUGGACUGGUGCAUAGCUGUCAAGUUUUCCCUUUUCUCGCGAGGAAGCCUAUUCAGCAUAAGGGAAUUUCCCUUUAAAAAAGGGAGAACUUGACAGCUAUGGACUGGUGCUAUCUGGGUGGGCACAUCUGGGUUAGGGUAGAUGCACGUAGUUUACCCCCUGAGGUUUCACCAGUUCAGUUCUUUCUUCAUUCAUGCGGAUCACCAUGGCCUGACCUGAUGUUACGUAAUAGCACUGCCAGCUCUGUGGAUAAACAAAUAGGUUUUUCAAUACUGGGAGAGUGAAUGGCUAAUAAUUGUAGGAGAUGCCACCUACCUUCCUGAGGCAGCACGAGAAGAACAGCUUGUUGUUGUUUAUGUGAAGAUGGCUGACUGCUGUUAGAGGCUCUGACCUUGAUUGUGUUCUACAUUAAAAUAAAUGGUUAAGUCCUGUUAGAAAGUAGCAGUAUAUGUUCUUCCUGGAAGCCUGAAAGCUCCUCUGACUUUCUACCACAGCAGCUACAUAAGUGAUGCUUCAAAGAAGUAUUUCAAAGGACAAUGCCAUAAAUGUUUGCAAUAGAAAGCUAAAAUGGAGGAAGAAAAACAGAAGCUUAGUAAGAAUUUCUUCCUGUGCUUUAGUUCCCGUUUUGCUUCUUGCACUUUAGCUUUUUCUUGCUGUUCCAACAGAAUGACAUACACGUUAGAAUUAUAUUUUGACUAUGCCCCCAAAUGUUUGACAUUUUAAAUGUUAACCUGCACAGUAAUCAACGCAGGGCAUUUUAUUUGUCAAAAUACCUACCUUAAACUUCAAAGGUUUUACCUCUAAAUACUGAAGCAAUCAGUGUACACAUUAAAUAAAGGUCAAAAGCUAAGUUUACCAUAGGCAUUUAUAUUGCACCAUAAAUUCAUUUCACAAACUAUGAUAUACAUUAGGUGGUUAACCUGGGGCACUGGAUCUUGCAGUUCUUGCAAAACAAAUGGAAACAGUUUAUUGAGGGAAAGGUAGUGGAAAACUUCUUUGCAGUUGUCAGCUGUGUUGAGAUGUAUGAAGAGGAAGUAAAAGUAGAACAUAUCUUUUCAACACAGUUUAAAUGGCAGCAAAAGAAAAUGCCAUUUGUGUCAUAAAACAAUUAAAUGUUGCAUGACAUUUUGUAGAAGGCAAGGUUCAUCAUGAUAAAUUCAGUGUAAUAGGAAUCCACAGAACUCUACAAAGGUCAUUGGGUAUAGUCAACUCUCUGCACUGACAGGCUUCCAUGGACUUAAAUAAUCUACGAUCAAAUUCAAAUGUUUUGUUUUCAACACAACUGCUGCCCCAAACCACAGCCCCUUGAGUAGGGAUCUACUGUAUAUGCUUCCUAGAAUGGUUAGAUGUUAUUGCUUCAGAGGCUACCAGAUUUGGCUUUGGAGUUAUUAUACUUUGUCCAAACAUCAUCAGAACCAUUGUGUUGUAGUGGAUAGACUCAGACUGGAGAGUGUUGGAAUGUGUUAGAUUCAAGGUCAGCCAAGCUCACUGGGUGACUUUGAGCAAAUCAUUCCCUUUUAUCCUGACUUAACCAGUUUCACAGGUUAGUUGUGUGAAGUUAAAAUGUAGAUAGGGGAUAGGGUUAGGGUAAAUUGUGGGAUAAACUAUGUGAUCAUUAAUAUGUUAGAACCCUUCAUAUGAUGCAACUCCACAUGUGAGCAAUACCCUUAAAUAACAUUGCUAGCCUCAGUGACGUUGCAAUGAAAAAUCUCCAAUUACUCUGCAGUAUUCUUUGGCAUGUAUUGAAAUUAGAAUACCGUAUACUGCUUGCUGUUACAUCUUUCUACAUAUCAAAUGAACUGCCCAAGCUGCAUCACUACUAAUGGAUGGGUGCCCUGCUCACGUCAAUGCUGAUCUUGUGCUGCUAUUUAAUGAAGACUAGCUUAUGAAAAAUUUAUUCCAGAGUGCUCAGUUUAUUGUUGAAAUGCAUACAAAGCUAGGUUGUAAGGAGCAGCUUUUUUAAAAAAAGUUUUCUACAAGUAGUUUACUUUUCAUUUAAGCUCUUAAUGGAAUACAGCCAUUUACUUCAGCUGUUCAAAGGCACGGGUUGAUGAAACAUACUAAAUAAGGAACAGUGAAGACAACAGGAACAGUGUAGGUUACAAAAUUUGAAGCAGAGUUGAAAGCUAUGUCAAGAUAUUUUCAAACUGCAAAAUAAGAUCAUCAUGAAGAGGAGAAACCAGAGUUCAAAAGAACAUCAGAAACCAAAAAAGGGGAGGGGAGAUAAAAGUCACAAUUUUUGUAAACCGCUUUGAGUUUUUGUUUUGUUUUUUACAAUCAAGCAGUGUAUGAAUUUUAUGAAAUAAAUUAAAAAUAUGUUUUUCAGCCAUCAAGUUCUGCAGCAUUACCUAGUUUCCUUGUCCAUUAAUCAGAAUCUAUUGACAGCUCCAGUUCUCCAUCACAACCAGCAAGGGAGGAAGCAAAAACUUGCAAGCAGCCAUAAACUGGAGGAUUGGCUUUCCAAGGCUUCUAUGGUAGUACAGCACAUGGAACUUUCCCUAACAGUGUGGUAUUAGUCCUCAGAAUGUCUGCAUGCUAUUAGAAACUGAUAAAGAUUUGGCUCCUUUUCAAGCUGCUGAAAAGCUUAAGAUCAAUAUCUUAUGGUUUAUCUGAAGGUGAUUAAAACAAAUAAGCCUUAUGCAGCACUUUUUAUUGAUCUCCUUCAGGCCCUUCAAUCAACAUCACUGAGAAAACGGUUAAGAGCUUGUGAGAUACAUUAAUAUUCUGGAAAGACAAUGUUAUUGUUAAAGAGUUCAGUCAGUGGCAAGAUCUCCUAUUUCCAUAGCGGAAUGGCAGGCUGUUCUUUGUUGCUCUCCUUGCAUUUGAUUUGAGUGGGAUCACAACUGUGAAAGUGUCAUUGGCAGUUGGGUAAACAGAAUUUUGCUUCAAGAGCUAACAGACAUCUAAUUACUUCAGGUAGCAAAUCUGCCCUUGAAACCAGUGUGUUGUGAUGUGUGAUUUGGAGAAUGUGGAGAGAGACAAUAUUUUCUCUGCACUCUUGUAAUGGUAGAAUUCAGGGUUACACAAGGACUGCUUGCUUCUUCCCCUGAUGUGCAGUGAUUGUGGUCCGAUGCAGGUCACAGUGACUCUGGGGGUGGGGUGGGGGUGCUGGUUUCCUGUGGGACCAGGAAGGAUAUUAUUUCCUCCUCCAGUGGUCACAGGGGCUUCCACUGACUCAUCCAUGGUUCUGACUAAUCAAAUACCUCAAUAUGGUAUAUGUCAGGAAGAUGAUGGAUGACUGAUGAAGAACCCUGCAUGACAGGCAGGGAAGAGAAGAACUCCCAGGCUGGGGGGCUGGAAGUAGAAUGACCACCCCUAAUAUCAAAUGAGGGGGAACUUUUGUGUGGUCGCACGCAGCCCCCUGGAUCCCAGUGUGGCUCCUGGUAGUUUGCACUGGCUUCAUCCUCCACAGGCUGGAUACUUGGGGUCUCUGUCUACCUCAGUCAACUGCCCAAUCCUGCCUGGGGAGGCAUUGCCAGGGGAUUGGCCAGGUAAGGGGAGGGACCACCCUAGAAGCUUCCACGUUGAGAGCUGGAAAGGUCCUCCCCCUUUUGUGUGAGACAAGAGUUAAGAUCUACCCCUGAUAGUGGGCUCUGUAUAUUAUUCUUUUCUCUCUCUCUUUCUUUUCCCUCCUUUUUUUUUCUUUCUUUCUUGUCCCCCCCCUUUCAUUCUAUAUUUUUUUUAGAUUUGUUUGGAGGCAACUCAACGGAGAUCACGGACUACCAGGUAUUCCAGUUGCCCCAUCCCAGCACAGAGAAAAUUUAUAUAGAGGUACAGAUAGAGGGAGCCCCAUGCCGCAUGGAGCUGGACACGGGUUCAACUCUAUCCAUAAUCUCGGCCCGAACAUUAAGGGAACUGUGCCCUAAUGGGGGUCCCAAACUAAGGCCGGCCCCAUUCACCCUCCGGGACUUCCAGAAACGUAAGGUCCCUACUAUGGGGGUGGGGACCUUCAGGGUGCAAUAUCGAGGGCGAAAGCAACAAUUGGACUUGCUGGUAGUUAAGGGCCCCUACGUUAGCUUACUGGGACUGGCAUGGUUUGGACCUCUGGGGCUAGCCGUUACCGGGGUGAACCGCACUAGCUUACAAGUGGACGUGGACGCCAUAUGCAAAGAGUUUCCAGGGGUUUUCGAUGGGGCAUUGGGACGAUAUACAGGACCCCCCAUUGCCCUACAGCUAGACCCCGCUGUACGACCCAUCAGACACAAGGCCCGCCGGGUCCCGUUCGCCCUGAAACCCCGCAUAGACGAGGAAUUGGACCGGCUCGUGGAGCAAGGAGUGCUGGAGCCGGUGCCCAACGCCCCCUGGGAAACUCCAAUUGUCACACCCGUCAAGCCUAACGGUUCGGUCCGCAUCUGUGCAGACUACAAAUGCACCAUAAACAAGGCUCUCACGGCCCAUGCAUACCCAGUGCCAGUGGUCAGCCAUGUCCUCGCCACCCUGGCUGGGUCAAAAAUCUUUGGCAAACUGGACUUGGCCCAAGCGUAUCAACAGUUGCCUGUGGACGAAGCCACAGCAGAGGCUCAGACGAUUGUGACGCACAGAGGGGCAUUCAGAGUAAAGCGGCUGCAAUUUGGCGUUAGCGUGGCACCAGGCAUAUUCCAGAAUCUAAUGGACUCUCUCCUCAAAGGGAUUCCUGGCGUCACCCCCUUCUUCGAUGAUGUACUGAUCGCCGGGCCCACACCAGAGGAAUUUGAGGACCGCCUCCGCUCCGUCCUGCACCGUUUCCAGACGGCGGGCCUCAAGGUGAAGCGGGAAAAGUGUUUACUGGGAGUGCCGCAGGUGGACUUUCUGGGAUUUAAGGUGGACGCAGAAGGGGUCCAUCCAACCGGUGACAAGGUACGGGCCAUUUGUGAGGCCCCAGCGCCCAAGAGCAAGCCCGAACUUCAGUCAUUCUUGGGACUAUUGAACUUUUACCAUGCCUUCCUUCCACAUAAGGCAGCGGUAGCGGAGCCCCUACACAGACUCCUAGAUAAAAGGGCCCCUUGGGUGUGGGGCCAGCGACAAAGGGCCGCAUUCCAGGCAGUCAAGGACUUGCUCGUCUCGAACUCGGUCUUAGCACACUUCGACGAGAGGCUGCCAGUGGUGCUGGCAUGCGACGCCUCUCCCUAUGGCAUCGGCGCUGUCCUGGGACACCAACUCCCGGAUGGAAGAGAGGUGCCGGUGGCAUACUUCUCCCAGACGCUUGCUGCAGCCGAACGAAACUACUCACAGAUUGACAAGGAGGGUCUGGCAAUCGUGAAGGGCGUAAAAAAAUUCCAUGAUUUCUUGUACGGGCGGCCCUUUACCAUAGUGACUGACCACAAGCCGUUGCUUGGCCUGUUUGCCCCUGAGAAGCAGACCCCCCAAGUGUUGUCUCCACGUGUCCUCAGGUGGUCAAUUUUCCUUGCCGGCUACCAGUAUGCACUAAUCCACCGCCCUGGGAAGGCGAUGGGCCACGCAGACGCCCUCAGCAGGCUACCACUACCAGAAACAGGCCCCGACCCAGCGCCUGCACAAGAGGUUAUGACCCUGGAGCUGCUUCCCGACCGACCCAUUCAGGCACAAGAAGUUGCGCACCAUUCCACAAAAGAUAGGGUCAUCUCCCGGGUCCUGGACUGGGUGUGGCGAGGAUGGCCCAGCAGCAGCCCCGGGCCAGAAUUCGCUGGCUACACAAACCGCAAACAUGAACUGUCGGCCCACAAGGGGUGCCUGUUAUGGGGAAGCAGGGUUGUUGUUCCCCAGCCCCUCCGCAAAAGGGUCCUCACAGCCCUACACGAGACACACCCAGGGGUAGUGAGGAUGAAGGCCCUUGCCAGGAGUUAUGUGUGGUGGCCGGGGAUUGACAGAGAGAUAGAGGCCUGGGUCCAACACUGCCAGACCUGCCAAGAAUCCCGCCCGGAUCCCCCAAGGGCCCCAGUCCAGCCCUGGGAGUCCGCCCGACAUCCAUGGUCACGCUUGCACGUGGACUUCGCUGGCCCCUUCCAGGGAAAAACAUUCUUCAUAGUGGUGGAUUCCUACACCAAAUGGCUGGAGGUCGCACUGGUACCAUCCACUUCUACGGCGGCAGCCAUCAGGGUACUACGUAAGCUGUUUGCGACCCACGGGCUCCCUGACACCCUCGUCUCGGACAAUGGAACCGCAUUCACGUCAGAGGAGUUCCAGACCUUCACAGCGCAGAACGCCAUCCGCCACAUCCGCUCAGCACCAUUCCACCCUGCCACCAAUGGCCAAGCGGAGCGCAUGGUGCGGACCACCAAGGACAGCCUCCGCCGCAUGACACAAGGGGACUGGGAAUACCGCCUUGCCACAUUUCUUCUAGCACAGCACAGCACCCCAAGCACAACGACGGGCCGGAGCCCAGCUGAAUUACUAAUGGGCCGGCGCCUUGCAACUAGACUGGACCGACUUCACCCCGACAGAGCUCAGGAUGAGGUAGUGGUGGGGAAAGGCAGGAACCCCCGGACAUUUGUGGCCCAGGACCCAGUGUAUGCAAAGAAUUUUGGGGCAGGCCCAGCAUGGGUACCCGCCACAGUCACCAAGGUGACCGGUCCCGUGUCGUACGAGGUACUAACGGAAGGGGGGCAAUGUUGGCGCCGCCACUGCGACCAGCUACGGCGACGAUUCCCAGGAGGAACCCGGGAGGAGAGCGGGACAGAGGGGUCCCAAGGGGACAGCAGGGCAGUGAGGCCUGUAGAGCGAGAGGGGUGGGCAGGGGAAGCAGAAGCAGUAGGCACAGAGGGGCGCCCCGAGGCUGGAAGGACACCGGAACCAGAGCUACAACCUAGUGGUUCAGUGGCGCCAGACCAGACAGCCCCGGCACAGCCAGCAGCCUCGGAACACGAGCCAGAACCAGAACCCCUGACCAAGGAACACCCCAGGCCACAACGCACACGGAGGCGGCCAGCAGACCUUGGGGACUACGAAUGCAACUUCCCGGGCAGGACUGGAACUUAGAGGGGAGGGGUGUUAUGUACUGAGCUGAAUCCUAGAACAAUAGGAUUCAGAAUCAGCGGGAGC